AGAUGAUGACGACGUAGUCAUCUGAAGCCCCACGCCGCCUUGAUCAUGUGUCGUUCGUGGGGCCGUCUGAAACUCCAGUGGUUCGCGAGCUCGAGAAGUGUCUUUAUCCACCACCUUUACCCGAUGUAAGGUCCAUGACACGGCGCGCAUAGCGAUCUAUUCUUGGCCGGUUCCUGAGGUUCCUGAUGAUGAUGAUGAUGAUGAUGAUGGUGGAAGCUAACCAUGCACGCAGCUAUUUCGGGUUAAUGGCGGUCCUGGCAGGCCUCGUGCGCUGAGCGGCCUGACUCGCGCUGCAUGGUUGCAUGGACGCAGUGGAGGGAUUUUGGCGCAAUGAUCGCCCUCGAUAUCGCGCACGGUGUCAGGCACACACAGCGCGUCCUGGAGUCAGGUGCGGCGCGGCAAGGCGCGGCACAGGUGGAUUGGAUUGGAUUCAUGUUCGGGUGUAGUGCGAUGCAUUGGGAAGCGAGGAGCAAGCCCAUUUCUCUUAUUAGUAGAUUGGGGUUCGGCUUGGCUGCAUUCUGUUUACCCAGGGUCGCGGACCAGGUUGGCUCCCGUGGUGCUUAACACGGAAACGUGGCAUGCCUCGACGACUUAUACAGGAGGUGGUGGAAUGCCGUUUGCCGAAAGGAUGCUCGCAGUGGGGAGCGCAGGUGGCGUGACAUGCUAUGAGGCGUUGCAAGCGAUAUACGGACAUGUUUUCUGUUCUGGCAUGUGGUUUGGAUCAUCAUGUGGCGCGUAGUUUAUUGUAUUGAUUAUAAUAUAGGCGGCGC